AGAAAAGCAAUAGAUAUGGAUCCAGUACGUUACAAAAGGUACCUCGUUGACGACGAAGCACCCGUUCCAGAAAGAACAAAGAGAAGACGUAAACGAAAGGACAUUUCUGAAGAUAUGGGUGAUGAUGAAGAAGCUGUGGCCUCUUCUUCUACAACUCAGUAUCUCACCCAAGAGGACAAUCAAGAUACCCGGUGUCUACUGCUUCUGAUGACACAAUGAACCAACCCAUACCUGGCCCUAGCUCUUCACCUGGGGAGCCAGUAGAGGAACAUCUAGAAGACCCCACAAGUCCAACUUUUGACCAGAAACCAACAAAAGAACAGGUGGAACUCCUGCUGCUGGCAUUAAAACUCAAACAUGGAUUAACAAAUAGAGCCUUGGAGGACAUCAUGCAUCUUAUCAACUUUAUUGCUGGUCCUGGUGGGGAAUUGGUUAGUGGCUCAAAGUACCUUUUCUACAAAGCAUUUGAUUCAGUGAAAGACAUAUUAGAAGUACAUUAUGUGUGCAAGAGUUGCAAGGUAAGCAUGCAGGAAGGUCCCUUUAAUGUCAAGUGCCCAGUCUGUGACCAGGACACAUCAAAAGCGCAUGCACAAAAAGACCAGUGUUUUUUGUACUUGCCACUAAAAUACCAAAUUAAAAAACUGCUUGAGGACCACCAAUUAGGGAAACACCUGAAACACCGCUUUGAGAAGAAGGAUGCCUCCAUCAAAGAUAUAUAUGAUGGACAUUUAUACAAAAAACGAUCACCCCUUGCAUCACCAGACAGCAUAUCACUGACUUUCAACUGUGAUGGAGUGCCAGUGCACAAAUCAAACACAAAAAGUUUGUGGCCAAUUUUGUGUACUAUUAAUGAACUGCCAAUACAGCUACGUGCAAAACAUGUUAUGCUUUGUGGCCUGUGGUUUGGUCAAAACAAACCAAAUAUGAACACUUACAUGAAACCAUUUGUCGAUGAAUGCAUAGAGUUGUACUCUAAUGGUCUUAUAUGGGAAAGUGAAAGUGGGGAAAUUGUCACAAGUAAAGUACUGCUUACUACCAUGGUGGCAGAUUCAGUUGCUCGGCCACUGAUUCAGAACUUUAAACAGUUUAAUGGUGAGUUUGGGUGUUCUUUUUGUAUGCAGAAAGGAACAAGUGUGCUAAAACGCAGGGGGCGUGUAAGGGCUUAUCCCUAUGAAAAAGCAGAGUUGAGGAAUCCCUCCCAGACUGAUGAUCUGGUGGAAGAGGCUCUUGCUGGAAACCCCACUAAGGGAGUGAAAGGGCCUAGUAUUUUGUCUUGUCUACCUGAUUUUAAUAUCAUUGAUGGCUGUGUUCCAGAUUAUAUGCACAGUGUGCUGCUGGGUGUAGCAAGAAGCAUCACCACGCUGUGGUUUCAUUCUGAAAACAACCAAUCGCCAUGGUAUAUCGGACACUCAACAGAACAGAUUGAUGACAUUUUAACUUCUAUUAAACCCCCCUGUAAUGUUUCCCGUGUCCCCCGCUCAGUGAAAGAGAAAAAGUUCUAG